AUGGCCGACGUUCAGCUGAAUCUAGACGGCAGCACGACGGCGGCAGAGGCGGAGCCCGUCGAGUGCAGUAGGCGUGUGUUCAUAUGCUUGGUGGGUUGCAUGACCGUCGCGCUCGACGUCAUCCUGGCAUGGAUGUUCGUGUACGAGAAAUCCCUUCGGACAUUGUCGACAGCGGCCAAGCUCUUCGUCGUGCUUCUGACCGGUGCCGUCUCGUUCUGCUUUGCCCUCUCUUUGGGCAAGUUUGCUCUUCUCCUCAUUGAGUGGUACCACGGCAAUCCCGAGGGACAGAGGCUUGUGGAUAGCUUGAUCCAAUCCGAUCGGCCCUUGAUCAAAAUGUUGUAG